AUGACGGAGCGUAAGGUGAUGAAUAAGUAUUACCCACCCGACUUCGACCCGUCGAAGCUGUUGCCUAUGAGGAUGGUCAAGAAGCCUAGGGUUGAGCAACGAGGUCCGAAGUGCAUGAACAUCCGAAUGAUGCUGCCGUUCUCGAUGUGUUGUAGUCACUGUGGAGAGUAUCUGUAUAUCGCCACCAAGUUCAAUAGCAGGUGCCAGAAGUUGCCAGAGAAGAGUUCAUUGGGGCUCAACGUGUACCGAUUUUACGGUAAAUGCAAACAUUGUUUAGGCGAAUUCUCAUUCCGCACUGACCCUGAGCAUUCUGACUAUGUCUUGGAAACCGGCGGGACGAGAACAUAUGAGGGAUUCAAGGAUGCCGAUUUCGCAGAAGCGGAAGUGUCCCAUCGUAAAACUGGAGAGGAAAAUGAAUCGGAAACGAAAGCAAUGGAGAAUAGGAUAUAUGAUACUGCAGAGGAGAUGCGACGUUUAGAUGAGUUGGAUGAGCUGAAGGCUGUGAAUCGGAGGCAAGCUCAGCGUGAUCAGUUGAUCUCAUCGGCGUUGGAUAAGCUGUUUGAUGGAGACGUUUCUGGAGGUAGCAGUUCGUUAGUGAUGAAGGGUGAGAAGAAGGAAGAAGGAAGCGGUGGUGAUGGUGUGAAGAAGGAAGGGGAGGAUGAACAAGAGGAAAAACUUAAUGAUGGAGAUACAGCAGUAGCAGAGGCUGUGUUCAAGGGUGAUUUAGAAUGGGAGCGUAUCGAAGUGAUAUCUGAUGAUGAUGAGGAGGGAACCUCCACCGGAGAGAACCGAGCUAAGUCAAGCUCGUCAUCAAAGGAAAUGGAACCGCGUCCCCCUCCGGUGCACAUUGCUGAUGAAGUAGAAGCGGCAGCAGCCAAACGAAAAGCGGCGAUGCCUCACAUGGUGUUCAAAGCGAAGAAGAAAGCCAAGGCCACAUCGACUGCUCCGGAAGCUCCGCCCUCGGCUGUUACUCUCGGUGCGGCUCUGGGAGGAUAUGGGUCAUCUUCAAGUAGUGACGGCAGCGGUUCUAAUGGUGACGAUUGA